AUGAGGUGGAUCCGGCCCUCAGAAGCCAGGAUAGGCCUGGCCCUGGUCCUUGGUGUCUUCACCCUCCUCUUCCUCUUCAGUCUGCCUGUUUCACCACCUGUUUCACCACCUGCCUGCCUGGUCCUUGAGGAGCCUUCCCGUAUCCCCAAGACCUUGGAGGCCUGGCCCUCACUGACCCGGCACCCGAGACCUGCCCAUUGCAAAGCGGAUGCCUCAGUGGUCACCCAGCCAAACUUCACAGAGCAGCCAUUGCACAUACGCAACUUCUUGUUGUACAAGCAUUGCCGUGACUUUGAGCUGUUGCAGGAUGUGUCCCCCGACAAGUGUGCACCGCCAGUAUUCCUGUUGCUGGUGAUCAAGUCCUCGCCGGCCAACUAUGAGCGGCGCGAGAUGGUGCGGCGCACGUGGGGCCGUGAACGCGAGGUGCGGGGCGUUCAGCUUCGCCGGCUCUUCCUGGUGGGGACAGCCUCCAAUGAGCUGGAGGCCCUCAAGGUGAAUCGGCUGCUAGCACUGGAGGCACGCAUGCAUGGCGACAUCCUGCAGUGGGACUUCCACGACUCCUUCUUCAACCUCACGCUCAAACAGGUGCUGUUCCUACAGUGGCAGGAGACACAAUGCAGCAAUGCCAGCUUCCUGUUCAAUGGAGAUGAUGAUGUCUUCGCCCACACUGACAACAUAGUUGCCUACCUGCAGGACCAUAACCCCAACCAGCACCUCUUCGUGGGACACCUGAUUGAAAAUGUGGGUCCUAUCCGGAUUCCCUGGAGCAAAUACUAUGUACCAAAGGUGUUGAGACAGGAGGAACACUACCCGCCCUAUUGUGGGGGCGGUGGCUUCUUGCUGUCUCGCUUCACAGCCACCGCUCUACGCCGGGCUGCCCGUGUCCUGGAUCUCUUCCCUAUUGAUGAUGUCUUUCUGGGCAUGUGCUUGGAGCAUGAGGGCCUGAAGCCCACCAGGCACAGUGGCAUCCGCACGGCGGGCGUACAGGCACCGUCACCACACCUGACCUCUUUCGACCCCUGCUUUUAUAGGGAGCUGCUUCUGGUACAUCGCUUUCUGCCCUAUGAGCUGCUGCUCAUGUGGAAUGCACUGAGUCAGCCUGACCUCGCCUGUGGCAAGCGGACACAGGUAUAUUGA